CUCGCAUCGUUCUUUCCGUGCGCGAUUCCAAAUCAUCCUCCACGCAUAGUCACAUCCUUCACGGAUCCUCAUUCCGGCAGUAAUGGCACCGAAGCCUCCCGCUGUUCAGGCGAGCCUGCCGUCAACCCAAUCGAUCGCCCUCGCCCUUGCAAUAGUUCGAUCAAAACCCCCGGGGACGACGGCUAGUGACCACGUUCUUCGACUACGCGCCCAAUUGAAGCGCGGACAGCAGAACCUCGCCGAACCCAAGCGUAGUGGCUAUCUUGACCUUGCCACGUAUUGGCGGCAGCGAUGCGAAUCGGCGGAGAACAAGUGUGGGGAGCUGGAAAGGCACAUUGUGAAGCUUGAGCGCUCCAAUCAAUCGCUAGAUCGCGACGAUCCGGGUGGUUAUGAGGAGACACCGGCGAGCCCGUCGAAGCGCAAACGAGGCGCUGCGCCUGCCCGAAAACCGAACAGGGGCACGGCGCCAAAGAAGAGUGCAGCCAACGCCGAAGAGACCAUGGAGGAUGAUCUUGACUUCCUGGAUGGGCUUGGUAAAGAUGGCGAAGACCUCACCCAACAUCUGUGGACAUUCCAGAAACUGUUCAGACAACAAGAUUCAGACCCUCGGGCCAUCUGUUCCUCUCUGGUUGCGACUACCAACGCUCUCGGCCGCGUCAUUUCUGUGGUUGGCAAGUUCCAUGACCGACUCUCGAGCCGUACGCGUCCUAAGGUGGGGUCACGCUCUCUUGACCAAGACCGUUCCGAGUUCUCAUGCGCCCUGUCGGCAUGUGCACGAGCCUUUGGGAUGGUACUUCUAGGCCUCAAAAGCAUUGAAGAAGAUGAUUCAGGCAGACGACUUCCCGGCCUCGUCAUUUACGAGUCUGUAAAGAUGCUCUCCACCGCUCUUGAUGCUAUUGAAGCAACAGCGCACCAUGCAGCUGCAGCUGCCACAAAAUCGACCGCCGAGAUCAAGAAAAAUAACUCCCGUACGCCUUCCAACACGGUCAAGGAGUCAGCUGCAGCUCGUGGUAUCGCGCACUUUCUCACCGGACUGCUAGCAUAUCUAGACAAAGAUGAACCGCUACACCAGCAGCUCUUCGACGGCUUUGCUUACGUCUUGUUUGAGCGUGUUGGAAAACGGCUCUUCUAUUGUACCUUCGGUCGCCAUCGCAGUGCCACCAUUGAAGGCGAUAUUGAGCUUCAGCCAGCAUCCACUCGUCUUGCAGACAUCGCCAAGCAGGAGACAGAAGCUUUAGCCAUCAAGUUCGAGGUCAAGGCCCUAAUAAUCGUUCUUGAGCGGGCUAUGGGUCUCGCACCCAAUCAUAUGAACCCUCAGCCUGCAAAGAAGAAUUCAGACCGUCUCGGUCGCACCCUCAGCUUGAGAACACUCCCAUCCACUUCCAAGACUCGGCUCAGCCCCCUUGCAAAAGACCGCCUCCAGCGGACAUUGAUCACCUGUAUGUUUGGGGAGAAAGUCGAAGACGAAUUCUUGGAUGUGCUCACCAUGCCGGUCAAGCUUGGACCUGUCCCGAACAUUCCAAAGAUGGAGGAUAGAGACGUUGAGGAAUGGUACCAACGGCAAGUCUGGCGGCUUGUUGGGUGGGACCUGUUGACUAGGGAAAGUGAGUGGGCACGAUGAGAGAUCUGUUAAACAUUGUGUGGGGGUGGUCGAUCUUAGGAUGUUGCAAACGUAAUGUUGGCUGGUUCAUCUCCUGUAACGUUCAAUGGCGAGCUGUUGCAGACAUCCGAUACCAUGUGUUCUAGGACAUAAACAGGUUAUUAGUAGUUGCAAAAGCAGCGCAUAAGAGCACGUAGAUCU